AUGGCCUUUUCCAUCCGCCCCGUCGUCGCGCGCCGCUGCGUCGCCCGCGCAUGCGCCUCCUCGACGAGCACGGCGCCCACCCGCGCAGUCACCGCCUCCCUCCGCCUCUACAGCUCCUCCUCUGCUCCCGUUGACGCCCCGUCCACAGGCGAGCUAGGCGUAGGCGAGCUCCAGGGCGCCAAGUUCCGCAUCGAGCCGCUGCGGCGCACUGGCGAGGACGCCGAGACGAAGCGCGCGCGCCUCGUCUACCAGUCGCGCAAGCGAGGCACCCUCGAGUCGGACCUCCUCCUGUCCACCUUCGCCGCCAAGCACCUCCCCUCCAUGACCCCCGCGCAGCUCACGCAAUAUGACCUCCUGCUCGACGAGAACGACUGGGACAUAUACUACUGGGCGACGCAGCGGGAGCCCUCCGAGGGCUACACGUCGACCAACCCGGCCGACGCCCCCGUCGGGUCCUCGUCCGCCCUCUCCUCCUCUUCCUCUUCCUCUACUUCUUCCUCCGCCGCCACAUCCUCAGCAUCAACAGCAGAAGCGUCAUCCGUCGCCGGCCAGGCCGCCGACGACGCCUUCGUCCGGCAGACGCCCCCCAAGGGCGAGUGGGCCCAGACCGUCGGCAACUUCAAGCCGGCGUACCGCCCCGUGCCGACGCGCUGGCGCGGCAGCGAGAUCCUCGCCCUGCUGCGCGAGCACGUCAAGCUGCGCAGCGUCGACGGCAAGGAGGGCACCGGCAUGGCCUUUAUGCCCGCCCUCGAGGAGUCCAAGUGA